GGCUCUCCCUUGCGCAUGCGCAGUGGUACUGGUGGUUUGGCGGUGGCGGGGAGAAAUGUCUCUGUGUUAGGUGUUCUCGCUUCCAGGUCGGUGUGCAGCUUGGCGUCCCCACCCAGGUGGACUAAGGUGCCUUCCCCAGCAGGGAGGGAGAAAUGGCCAGGAGUUUGCUGCCAGCACAGAUUCAGGAGUCUGUGACAUUCAGGGAUGUGGCCGUGCUCUUCAGCCAGGAUGAGUGGUUGCACCUGGAUUCUGCCCAGAGAACCUUGUAUCGGGAAGUGAUGCUGGAGAACUACAGCAACCUGGUCUCACUGGCAUUCUGGCAUCAGGUGUUUGUCCCCCCAUCAGGAUGGGAGAACUUGUUUGAAACCACAGUUUCCAAAGAAGAAAAUCUGGAAGUCAUGGAAAAACUCAUAGUUGAUGAUUUCAGAUUGGGAAAAGUCUACAUGAAUGAGGACAAGUUAGAGAAGCAACAAGGGAAAAAGAACAAAGUUUUCAGAAAAGUGUUGUUUACCAUCAAAAAAACCUGUGUGAAAGACAGAAGCUUUAAAGUCCUUGAACUUGAGAAAAAUCUUGGCUUAAAAUCAUCACUUACUAGAAAACCUGGAAUUGUUCCCAGAGGAAGGAAACCCCGUUCACAGCAGUAUUCAAUUCUCUUUAAACAACUGGGAGCCAACACAGUGCGUAAAUGUUAUAAAUGUAAUAUCUGUGGGAAAAUCUUCCUCCACAGUUCUUCCUUGAGCAAACACCAGAGGAUCCAUACUGGAGAGAAGCUCUAUAAAUGUAAGGAAUGUAGGAAAGCUUUCAGCCAAAGCUCAUCCCUGACACAGCACCUGAGAGUUCAUACUGGAGAGAAACCUUAUAUAUGUAGUGAAUGUGGAAAAGCCUUCAGUUUUACCACCUCUCUUAUUGGGCACCAAAGAAUGCACACUGGAGAGAGACCUUAUAAAUGUAAGGAAUGUGGCAAAACAUUUAAAGGUAGUUCAUCCCUUAAUAACCAUCAGCGAAUCCAUACUGGAGAAAAGCCCUACAAGUGUACAGAAUGUGGGAGAGCAUUUAGUCAGUGCUCAUCUCUCAUCCAGCAUCACAGAAUUCAUACUGGAGAGAAACCUUAUGAAUGUAGUCAGUGUGGGAAAGCCUUCACUUCAAUAUCACGGCUGAGUAGACACCAUCGAAUUCACACUGGAGAGAAACCCUUUCAUUGUAACGAGUGUGGGAAAGUGUUCAGUUACCAUUCAGCCCUCAUUAUUCAUCAGAGAAUUCACACUGGUGAAAAACCAUAUGCAUGUAAAGAAUGCGGGAAAGCCUUUAGCCAAAGCUCAGCACUUAUACAACAUCAGAGGAUUCACACUGGAGAAAAACCCUACAAGUGUAAUGAGUGUGGCAAGGCCUUCUCCUGGAUCUCACGCCUUAAUAUCCAUCACAGAAUCCACACUGGAGAGAAACCAUAUCAUUGUAAGGAAUGUGGAAAAGCUUUUAGUUCCCACUCAGCUGUUAAUACCCAUCGAAAAAUCCAUACUGGCGAGAAACCUUAUAAAUGUAAUGACUGUGAAAAAGCGUUCAACCAAAGCUCAGCCCUAAUUCAGCAUCAGAGAAUUCAUACUGGAGAGAAACCAUUUAACUGUAAAGUGUGUGGGAAAGCUUUCAGACAAAGUUCAUCCCUUAUGACACAUAUGAGAAUUCACACAGGAGAAAAGCCUUAUAAAUGCAAAGAAUGUGGGAAAGCUUUUAGUCAGAGCUCAUCUCUUACUAAUCAUCAGAGGACUCAUACAGGAGCAAAACCUCAUGUCUGUAAUGAAUGUGGGAAGAGCUUCACCCAGAGUCUUCAUCUUCUUGAACACCAGAGAAUUCAUACUGGGGAAAAACCCUACAAGUGUAAUGAGUGUGGGAAAGCCUUCAGCCACAGGUCUUCCCUUCUUACCCAUCAGAGAAUCCACACUGGAGAGAAGCCUUACAAAUGUAAUGAAUGUGAGAAAGCUUUUAGCAGCAGUUCAACUCUGAUCAAACAUCUGAGGGUGCACACUGGAGAGAAACCCUACAGAUGUAGGGAAUGUGGUAAAGCCUUUAGCCAGUGUUCAACCCUCACUGUGCACCAGAGAAUUCAUACUGGAGAGAAACUCUAUAAAUGCAGUGAAUGUGAGAAGGCCUUCAACUGUAGAGCCAAACUGCAUAGACAUCAAAGAAUUCAUACAGGUGAGAAACCAUAUAAAUGCAGUGAGUGUGGGAAAGGUUACAGCCAGUUUGCCUCCCUAGCUGAACAUCAGAGACUCCAUACUGGAGAACAACUGUGUCAAUGUUUAGAAUGUGGGAGAACCUUCACACGCAUCUCCACCCUUAUUGAACAUCGACGAAUUCAUACUGGACAGAAACCUCAUCAGUGUAACGAGUGUGGGAAGACUUUCAACCAAUAUUCAUCCUUUAAUGAACAUCGGAAAAUUCAUACUGGGGAAAAACUUUAUACAUGUGAAGAAUGUGGGAAAGCCUUUGGUUGCAAAUCCAAUCUUUAUAGACACCAGAGAAUCCACACUGGAGAGAAACCCUACCAGUGUAAUCAGUGUGGAAAGGCAUUCAGCCAGUAUUCAUUCCUUACUGAACAUGAGAGAAUCCACACUGGAGAGAAACUCUAUAAGUGUAUGGAAUGUGGGAAAGCCUACAGUUACAGAUCAAACCUCUGUAGACACAAAAAAGUCCACAAUAAAGAAAGACUCUUUAAAUGGAAUGGAAAAUCUUUUAUCUAUGGCUCCUCCCUUACUCAGUACCAGAGAUACUUGAGAUGAGAGAAGCCUAUGAACUUUAAUUCAUCUCUUUCAUAAUCCAGGACUUUUCACUGGACAAUAAUCAGGAGAAUAGUUAACAAGGGGACCUAAUAGAUUUAAUCUUUUUACUUUUAUAGGAAAAAAGCUAGUUACACUAAGUCAUGGUAAAUGGACCAGUGAAAAUUGAAGAGCACUGACUUUUCAUUUUAUAAGAACCAUUGGAUUCUAAGGUUUCCAAAAACUUUUCAUUUUUUAAAAUUUGUAGAAAAAUUAUAAAUGUCCUCACUUUUAAAAAAAGCAUAAAUAGUAGUUGAAUAAGUUUUCUUUCUCUGUCAUUAGAUUGUAAUCUCUAAGAGUAAGCUUUAGUUUGUGAAUUUCCUUUAAAAAAUAGUCAUUGAGUUAAUGUGAAUAAGCAUGGGGUCUCAUUUCUAAAAAUGUCAGGUUCAAGUUGCGGAUAGUGGCACAUACCUAUAAUCCUAACGACUUGGGAGCAUGAGGCAGGAGGAUCACAAGUUCAAAGCCAGCCUCAGCAAUUUAACAAGACCCUA